GAGACCAUACGAUUUACCACCGACCUAUCAAUCUAUGUGCCUUUGGGGAGAAUAUACAAAACGUAACUACCAGUCAAAACAUUACGGAAAGGCACAGAACUUGACUAUUGCAUUGACAGCUGCAUAUGACAAAGCAUUUCAGAAAUAUGAUGUUAUUGUGAUGCCAACGUUGCCAUUUAAAGCACCUAAGUUCCCGGAUGCGGAUGUCAAAAUAUCAGUGUUGAUUGAGGAGACAAUUGGGUUUACGACUAAUACGUGUCCCUUUGAUGCAACAGGGCACCCGGCCAUCUCCAUUAACGCUGGGUUUUCCAAAGGUUUGCCGAUAGGUGUCAUGAUUGUCGGCCGCCAUUACGAUGACGUCAUGGUUCUCAGGGUGGCCAAGGCAUUGGAGAGGAAUUUAACAAAAACAUAACAUGAUGAUACCAGUGCAAGAGGCCUAAUUGUUAUACUCUAAAGUGUUUGUAAUAAUUGACCAGUGUGAUGACAGUGGCUUCAAAUAUAUUAAAGUAGAAAUGCCUUCCAUAGAACUAUCAGAGUAUAGAGUACAAAACUAUCAGAGUAUUGGUCAAAUUGUACAUUUUCACGAGAAGAGCAUCCUAAACGUUUUAUUUUUAUAAUUAAUUAAAAGCUUUAUGUGCAGUAUCAGGUCAGGUCAGUAAAUGUUAUAUGGUGAUAUAUUCUUUAUAUAACCUAUAGCUAGCAAAUUAACGUUUGUGCCAGUGUCGAUUUUGAUAAGAAUUCCGAUAUUCUCUAGCUUAGCUUGGCAGCAUUGUGCGUAUGGAUUUGAUUUAAAGAAUACUUUGUGGUAAAUUUUAAGGUUAUUGCUAAUCAUAAAUUUCGAAGAAAAAAAUAUUUUCCUGAAGUAC